AUGGAGAAAAUAAAUAUAAACUUGGAGCAUCCAGAUAUAAAAGCGAUAUUUGAAAAAACAGGAUUUAAUUCAAGAGACGGCCUUGUGCACGCUGUGAACAGGCUGAGAGGAUAUGCCGAAUCCUUUGUGGAAGCAGGCAAUAGUCUCCGUAAAUUUCUUGAAUGGGCAGGAAGAUAUGCGACAUCGGGCGGACCUAAUGAGCUCUUGAAGUAUAUUUACAGGGCCAGGGUGCUGACUGGUUAUCCAGGAAUGAUACCCGGGAUCGAUAAGAGCAUACUAGCUGUCGAACUCAAAACAGAGGCAAAAGAUGAAUUUGUGGAAAGGUUUAUAGAAGCUGUGCAGUUGCUUCAAGAAGCAGUGAUUUUAUCGUCCGACGAAGCAGUAGCUUGGAGUGGCUCAUUACAAUUUCCCGAAGGAGUGGAUGAAUCAUUGGUUCCUGAGGGCCCUUGGCAGAAUCGAAAUCUUAUAUCAGUGAUGUAUAAGAUUGCUGGUCUUUUCAAAUGCUGGCUUACUCCGAUCUAUACUACAAUGCAGAAUCUUCAGCAGCUGACUCCACCGCCUGAAUUCCAGGUUGGGCUUGAAUUUGAGAGUAGACCGGAAGGAAAUACUGUGAUGGGAGAACCAAAGGGCUGGGAAUGGGAUCAAGGCACCGACAUGUUCCCAGGCUUACUCAUACAAAAGAAAAAAUCCGGACCAAGCACUGGAACCGACAUUUCAGAGCCGCGAAUCUGGGAAGAAGAAACCGACCCUAGUGACAUUAGAGUUGGUUACAUAAAUUAUAACCUAAACGCACCGAUAACCGUCGCACAGAAUCCUCCAAACAAUGUACUAGCCGUGAAUGAAAUUCAAGAAGAGGCUGGGGAUGUUGGAAAUUCUGAAAGUAGCGGGAGCAUAGCACUGAGCGGAGAGGUAGAGCAAGCUGGGGAUACGCUGUCGAUGAGGAUGGAAGAAGAGGAGCAGCAAGAGUAA